AUGGAAGAAUAUGAGCCGCGAUUCGGAGCCCUACUUUCUGUAGAUGUCAAAAUGUGGUUGACGGGACCAAAUAAUGAAAAUUACGAAAGAAAUCCAGUUUAUCUCCACUCUGUGAUUCUCAAAAGAUCGGAAUUUUUCAAAGUUACGAUGUCUGAGAGCUCGUCAUUGGAUAAACCAACCGAGAUAAGAGUAACUACUUGCCAUAAGUUCGAUGACUAUUUAAAAUGCAUUGAACUCAUGUAUCGUGAGCGGGUGUUUUUCUCGAAUAUUGAGCACUGCCUGGCUAUUCUUUCAGUUGCUUCUGAGUUGAUGGCUGAUGACUGCAUCAACAAAUGCAUGCAAUACUUGGAAGCAGUUUGGUGGAGUGUGGAGCAAGAAUCACAAAUUCGAGAUGUCCUUUCAUCUCUGGGAUUGAAACUUAUACCAGACUUAGCUGCCAGGUUUGAUAAGGAGAACGGCGACCAUAUAAUCUCUGUGGAAAGGAUUAUCAAUGAAAUGGUCUCCUUUUCUAAAGACAAGCAUGCCACCGGAAGAAACCGGGGAAUUUCUGAGCAAUAUAUAGGGGGCAUCAUCGUGCGAGACAAUAGAAGAGAUUUUGUGGGAGAAUGCGGGUAUGUGCUCUUGAACGAGUUCAAAUCAGCUAUUGGUUCUCAUAAAUUCUUAACUAUGAGGUCGCUCUUUGAAUAUAUAAAGCAUUGUGACGGAAAUAUAUUGAAACUUGCAUUCACCGCUUUUUGUGAAGUUCCACAAUUUUCGAAGUAUGUAGAGGAGAGUUACAAAUACCUUAGAUUUGGUGAAGAUGUGUUCUACAUUAUAAUUUGGUUUAUGAAGAUCAUCGCAGACGGAAGGGUAAUAAUUUCAAGACCUUCUCGAAUUACUUUUCUCACAACAUGGUUACCAAUCAUGGCAGAAUUGUGCUCUGAAAGACUUCACAAACUUGAAGAGCUUGAUAAUGCAGCGCUUGGCGUCGUUGAGAGCGUCCCUCUAAUUGACAGGAGACGUAUAUGCAUGCUAUGGACAGAGGUUUACAGGAAGCUUAACAUCGACGUCACUACGCCAUUUAAUUUGUUUCAACAACUGCAGGAUACCCAUAUCAAAGCAGUAAUAUAUCAUGCUUUAUUUGAUGUUCGAUAA